CCACUGGCUGUCCUGUUUCCCUUCGUCGUGAUCGUAUUGAAGAAUAUCCUCGUCUUUAUAAAGCCUCCCCCAUGAUUUACGACGUCGCCAUUGUCGGAGCUGGACCAUGCGGACUGGCAGCGGCAGCCAGAUUGCGUGAAUCGACCCCAGCCGCACUCUUCACGGACGAUGAGCAUGCCAGAUAUUGGCGCAGGUUCAAUCGGAGAGAGACCAUUGAGAAGGAGCGGAAAGGCAAGCAAAAAUCACGCUGUGCUGCUUCAAGUGAACCUGAGCCACCAGGAAGGUCGAUGAUCGUGCUUGAUGCACAUUCGGACCAGUGGAUGUCGGCAUGGAAAGAAAAGUUCCAACACUUGGAAAUAAGCCAACUGAGGAGCCCGCUAUUCUUUCAUCCGGAUCCCCGAGAUAGGGAUGGGCUUCUGGCAUUCUCGCACUUCCACGACAGAACGGGUGAGUUGCAAGAGAUCCAUAAUGUUGUAGGCAGAGAAGUCAGCAAGCAUCGAACCAAGAAGAAACGCGACAAGAAAGUUGCUCGACAUCUCCGCAUCGACGAUAGAGACCGCGUCGACUACUUCACACCAUCAAGCCAGCUGUUUGAAGACUUUUGCGAGGAUGUCGUAUGUCGAUACCAGCUUCGAAAUCUCAUAGUCCAAGCACGGGUGCAGAGUAUUGAAUACGGCCACUUGGGCAGCAACAUCGAUCCGCAGCUGUUUGCCCUGACAACAGAUGAGGGCAUGAUAUUUUCAAAGACGGUUGUUCUGGCCAUUGGUCCUGGCUCAAAGCCCAGUAUCCCUAGGAACUGCCAGCUCAGGCUCGGAAGAGAGCAAGGAAGCGUGUGCCAUUGCUUUGAUACGACAGGUGCAUCGUGCCUGCCAGAUCAUGUGUUACGCAAAAUAAGAGAGGGACGGUCCUCGGGCGUCGUGGUGGUCGGAGGAGGGUUGACUAGCGCACAGAUUGCGGAUCUGGCUCUCCGCGGAGGAGUGAACAAGGUCUGGCUAUUACUGCGAGGAAAGUACAAAGUGAAGCAUUUCGACGUCGAUCUCGAAUGGGUAUCAAAGGUCCGCAACCAGCAAAUGUCAGUGUUCUGGUCAGCCGACAGCGACGAAGAAAGAUUCGAUAUGCUCAAAGAGGCCCGCAACGGAGGCAGUAUCACCCCAACGUAUGACAAGAUCCUGAGGAGACAUGUAGCCAGUGGUCGGCUUGAGAUUCUCACCGAUACGCAUAUCGAAGAAGGUAUUUGGUGUGGUGCAAGUGAGACCUGGUCAAUUGGUCUGUCGUCGAGUUCGGAUCAAGAAACCUCGCUACCGAGAGUCGACCACGUUAUCUAUGCAACAGGAUCAGCGCCAAAUAUCCACGAUGUCGCGUGCAUGCAGCGCAUCAUCGCGAACUACCCAGUUGACGCGAUAGGUGGGCUCCCUAAAAUCACUGAAGACCUGAUGUGGCAUAAAGAUAUUCCGUUGUUCCUGACAGGCGGCCUUGCCGGCUUGAGACUUGGACCUGGAGCUGGAAACUUGGCUGGUGCAAGACAGGGUGCCGAAAGGAUUGCUUGGAAGAUCGACGAAUUGUUCGGGACGUCGCAGGGAGGAUCGUCGAAUGCUGAACAAGUAAAUAAUGAUCCACUACGUCCGUCCGCGAUAUCCACACCGCAGACAAGAGCCGCCCUCCUCAAAGACAGAAACGAGUUCACAGGAAGCUUCGCCAAUCAGUUUGAAGCUCUUUCCAUGCAGGACGAUGAGCUGGUUUGACGUAUCCUCGUUGCUGAAAAGUAUCGACAUAUGACUGCACGAUGCAGAUACAUUAUCCACAGCUCAUACUGGCCGCGGAGAGCGUUGGGAUCAUGUAGGCUCCAGUUUCAAUGCCAGGACUGCCAGGACUGCAUUAAGACUAUUGAUAUGGUGCAUCAUAGAGUAUAUCUGAAACCUUUGUUGUCCAA